ACAAGAGUUACCGGCUUCGUUUCAAGGCAACCGGUGACCCGAGAACUGGUGUUAUUGAACUUGACCUGGGGAGACUGCGUGGCCGGCAGGAGGCCCUCUUCGGCAUGGAUAUACGCGGCAUCCCACCUUCCGCCACAGGUCGCUUCUCACUCGACCUCGAACAAUCACGUAAUGGCAUCGCACCAAGCCAAGGUGCUGGUUAGACAUUGUGUCUCGCCAUCUGGGUGGCAUUGCGAAAAUAAGUUGAAUCAUGGAUGUCAGAGCUUUCUCUACGCUUUCGUACGCACUGCUGAGUCCCAACUUUGCCUGGGCAUGGCGCAUCUGGGCAGGUCGUGGCCCUCAAUAUUACUUCCUCCAGUUCAGCAGGCAAACAUGACGAAAUCAACCAAGGACUGUUUGUUUGCGCAGUCGGAUAUGUUCCCAGGCUAUAUGCCCGGAAUUCCAUCACAGGUCCGGAAUGCCAAGGACAGCAAGAGUGGCGUUCGCCGCCGUUACAAGAACAAGCGCACCGAUGGUACGGUUUCUCUUCUCUUGACAACACCCGCGUUGGCCUGUGAUUUCACGGAGGACUUGUCAUUACUCAAGGGCCGUAGGGGCUCGUUAGACUAUAUACCUAUCCGGAGGUCGUACAUCGUGUACGAUAUCCACCUAAGUCAGUUAACGGCCUUCGACCGUCUUUAUAUCCCUUGGUAG